AUGAAGGUCGCAGUGGUGGGCUCUGGUGUAUCUGGCCUCGGCGCAACAUGGCUGCUGAACGAACACAGUGACCAUGAGGUUCACCUUUUUGAAUCGGACGACAGACCCGGUGGACACGCUAAUACGGUACAUUACGUACCCAAGGGUAAAUCGAAAGGAGUGGAUGUGGACACUGGAUUUAUUGUGUUUAACCCUGCUACCUAUCCCAACUUCAUCCGAUUCCUCCAACUCACACCUGCGCAACCCAAAUCUCUUCUCUCUCGACUUUCUUCGCUCGGUUCCUCGAGUGAAAGCGAAGAUGACGACGGAAUACGCAUAGACAAGACCGAAAUGACAUUCAGCAUAUCCCGCGACAAUGGUGCCUUCGAAUGGGCUGGGAAGAACCUCGCCACCAUCUUCUGCCAACCCCGCCGUUUAUUCGACUCGCAAAUGUGGCGAAUGAUAUAUGACGUCCUGCGGUUUAAUGCAUGUGCAAGACGCGUUCUAUUAACUCCGAGUAGAGAGGGAGAGAGGGAGAUUUCAAUUGGAGAGUAUCUCCACGGCGAAGGCUACUCGUCGGCUUUCCGAAAUAACUACCUGAUCCCAAUGACUGCGGCUAUUUGGAGCACUCCUCCGGAUAAAUGCUUCCUCGAUUUUCCUGCUCGCACUCUGAUCCAAUUCCUGUACAACCACCACCUCCUACAAAUCACUGGCAAGCCUGCAUGGUUAACAAUACAUGGUGGCAGUCAUAAAUAUGUCGAUAGGAUCCUGCACAAGCUACCCUCAACGCAAUUGCAUCUGUCUACACCAAUAACAUCCGUGCGGACCCUCAAGUCAGAAGAGGGUGGAAAGCCACAGGUCGUGCUGAGAAGUGCAGAUGGCAGCGAAGAAGUCUUCGACCAUGUCAUCUUGGCCUGCCAUUCUGACACUGCUUUGGAGAUCUUGAGAGCAGGCAACAUCCAACCGGACGAGGAGCGUAUUCUGAGUCAGUUCCAGUGGAACCACAAUGAGGCUGUCUUGCACUCGGACGAGAAUCUCAUGCCGAGAAGUCGACUAGCAUGGUCGUGUUGGAACUAUUUAUCGUUUACGAAAGCUGUGCCGUACGCCUCCAACAAGAGCGGCUACAUUUCGGACACGGAUUCCUCAGACACAAAUGAUGACCUAUACGAAGGCGUGAAGAUUCAACGACCCCAGAGAACAGUGAAGAUGGAAAUCAACGAGGUUUCAUUGACAUAUGGCAUGAACGACUUGCAGCACAUCCCAUAUUCUCGGUAUGGCGCUGUUCUUGUGACGCUCAACCCACCCUUCGAGCCCGACGCGGACAAGAUUGCUGGCCGAUGGAAGUACGACCACCCUGUUCUUGAUUCCAAGGCUGUCAAGGCGCAGAACGAGAUGUACAGGAUCCAAAACAUGCGCUCCAUAUCCUAUGCUGGCGCAUACCUCAAAUACGGCUUCCACGAGGACGGCUUCACUUCAGGCCUGCUCGCCGCGUGCUCGCUGGACGCCGGCCAGGAGAGCAUACCUGCAGCGACCUCGUACACGUCCACGCUCAAGGGCAGCACGAUACCCACGCGUAAAGAGACCGUGCGCCCACCUUUCGAGAUCCAGCACGCGGACCAUCAUGUCCGGCUGAGCAGGGCGGGGUCGGAGAACACGUUCUACGCGUAUGCGGCAGUGCCUUUUGAUUGGCUCGAAGGAACAGGUGUCCGGGCCCUGGUAGGGAGUGUUGGUGCGAUGUCCAGCUGGGUUUGA